AUGAUUGAACACUGUCUUUAUAUAUUUCCACUUUCAGUCUGUUUACUUGUACCACUUGCUUAUUUUCUUUCGUUUAUUGUUGCGGUAAACCUUGGUCAUUCAAAAUUUGAAUUUCCAUUUUUAAGUCGAUCAUCUACUGAUUCACCUGAAUCAUGCAUUUAUUCACAAAUUAUUAAUAUUGCUUCUUUUGUUCUUUUCAUUACGGUUUAUAUACGUUAUCGGCAAAUAUCUCAACUUAUUCGAAAUAAUCCAACAUGUGGAAAAAAAUAUUUACAAACAAAUUCUAUAUUUUUUAUUUGUGGUAUUCUAACUGCAUUUAGUAUGAGUAUUAUUUCAAAUUUUCCACAUGCUAAUGUAUUUCCUGUUCGAUUAUUAGCAAUCUAUUUAACAUUUACUGCUAGUGUUGUAGCACUCUAUUGUGAAAUGCUGUUAUCAUCAUGGAUUCGACCAUUAUUAUAUUCAAGUCAAAUAUUACCAAUUAUUCGAACUAUACUUACAAUUAUAUGUACUUUAGCACUUCUCUCAUUUUUCGUUUUUCAAACAAUUACCGUUAUUAAAUAUGAUAAUGAAAAAAAACUUUGGACACCAACAAGUCCUGGUUGGAAAUAUCAUUUAAGUACUAUUAUAUCAGCAUGGAUUUUAACAACAUCUCUUCUUAUUUAUAUGUUAACAUUAAUAUUUGAUUUUCGUCGCAUCAAAGUAAUAUCUCCAAAAAUUUUCCUUACAGAUGAUAUUAUCGACGAUGAUGGUUAG